AUGACUGAUGAUACAAAUCCUGAAUCAGAGAUACUAUUUACAAUGAAUGUAGAUGCACAAAAUGUAAAUAUAGUGAUGGAUACUGAGACUGCAGAGGAAUCUGAGAAACUGGCACACACAGAGCAACUGACACCUGGAAAACAACCUGAGACAAAAGUUCAUGUUGAGACUGCUCAACUGACAGUUACACAUACUGAGAAACCAUCUACAACAGAAAUUCAAACUCAGAUAGAUCCACUGGAAGGCAAUCAGAAGGAUAUAAUAAAGCUAAUUGGUUUGACAUCUAUGGCACCAGACACAUCUACAGGAACUUUACCCAUGGGAAAAUUAGGCUUAAGCCUGCUUUUUGCAGUUACGAUGUUUAUACAACUGGAGAGUAAUGGUGCUGCAGUGGAGGCUGGAGAUACUCUUUCGUUAGGCGCCUCGCUUACUGGAAAUCAGACAAUAGUCUCAAAGAAUGGCACAUUCGAGUUGGGAUUCUUCAGCCCAAAUGGAAGCAACUGGUAUAUUGGCAUCUGGUAUGCCCAAAUACCAGAGAAGACAUAUGUUUGGGUGGCCAACAGGGAAACUCCCGCCAGAAACCGGUCAGGUGUUUUGAAGCUGUCACGAGAAGGUAAUCUGGUGCUGUUCGAUGCAGAGGGCGCAUCUAUUUGGUCAGUCAACACAACAAACAAGGCCUCCCGAGCUGUGAUAUUGGAUUCUGGCAAUUUUCUAAUUCUGAGCGAUGGCAAUAAAUCUGAAAUUCCCGCUUGGCAGAGUUUCGACAAUCCUGCAGAUACCUGCUUGCCAGGGAUGGUGUUCGGUGGACAGCAAAAGCUAGUCUCUUGGAAAAGUUCAUCGGAUCCUGCUCUUGGGCUUUUUUCCUUACAGGUGGAUCCGUCUGGGGCCAAACAACUGGUGCUGACAUGGAACAAUUCUGUACAAUAUUGGGAGAGCGGGAUUUGGGACGGCAAAAUUUACAGUGGAGUUCCAGAAAUUGCAGACAAACGUCUCGCCAAUAUGAGCGUUGUAAGUAAUAGCUCAGGUUUGUUUCAAAGUUAUACGUUGAUUCCUUCCUUCAAGGCACUCGUACGUUUCGUCGUCACUAAGUUCGGACAAGUGCAAGUGGAUGUAUUCGAUGGCGGUAAGUACUGGAGCAUGAUCUGGUCUGUGCCUAGAGAUGGAUGUGCCGUAUAUGGUACCUGUGGUGCGUACGGAAUCUGUUACUCCAAAAAUCUUCAGUUCUGCAGCUGCGGGGAAGGUUUCAAACCAGUAGAUGAUCGCGCCUGGGUUUCGCAAGAUUGGGUGUCCAGUGGCUGUGUUCGGCAAACCCCGUUAAAUUGCAGCACUGACGGAUUCAUCGACAUUGGUGUCACUUUGCCGAAUGAUUUCGCUUCCUCAUACCCUGCAUCCACAAAGAAAGAUUGCCGGAAAGCCUGCCUCCGCAACUGCUCGUGCACAGCGUUUAGUUUCAGUCAGCCUUCAGGGCCAUGCCAAAUCUGGUCUGGAGAUUUGCUAAACAUGCGCAACUCUGCUCCAUCAAAAAGCAAUUCAAAUGUCUUCAUUCGGGUAGGUCCCAGUCAACUUUCUCCGAAACGCAAAACCACAAUUCCUGUGGGCGUAGUGCUUGGUAUUGUAGGUGCACUCACCCUUGCUCUGGGUAUCUCUUCAAUUUUAAUUUGGCGUUGGUAUCAGCAACGAUCAAUGGACAGGCGUGCAGAUUCCUCAGAGUCUUUUCUCAGACUGUUUAGUUACAAGGAAUUGAAAGUUGCAACAAGGAAUUUCAGGUCUAUUUUGGGGAGCGGAGGAUUCGGAUCAGUGUUCAAAGGCUGUCUAUCAGAUGGUAGAGAUGUAGCCGUUAAAAAAAUGGUGGCGUCAACACAAGAUGAGAAGCAAUUCCGAGCAGAAAUAAGUUCUCUAGGGAACAUACAGCAUGUGAAUUUGGUCAGGCUUCAGGGGUUUUGUGCAGAAGGAUCGAGACGGCUAAUGGUUUAUGAUUACAUGCCCAACGGUUCUCUAAGUUCCUUACUGUUCACCAGUGAUUCCAAAAGUACACGGGAGGUACUUGACUGGAAGACCCGAUUUGAAAUCGCACUAGGCACUGCAAGAGGGUUACUUUACCUCCACGAAGAAUGCCGAGAUUACAUCAUUCACUGCGAUGUUAAGCCUGAAAACAUUCUGCUGGAUGGUGAUUUGUUACCGAAAUUAGCUGAUUUUGGGUUGGCAAAGCUUGUGGGUAGAGAUUUUAGCCGUGUCCUGGCCACUACAAGGGGAACGAGAGGAUACUUGGCUCCGGAGUGGAUCUCCGGUCUUCCCGUCACUCCCAAGGUUGACGUCUACAUUUUUGGUAUGACGCUCUUCGAAAUCAUUUCGGGGCGAAGAAAUCUGGACUUAAACGUGCAAGAUUCAAGUAAGUUUUACUUUCCCACAUGGGCUGCAACUCAAAUUUACCAGGGGAGAAUAGUUAAUAUUGUGGAGGAGGAUGUUGCAGAGGAGGCAGACAUGGAAGAGGUAAGAAGAGCAUGUGCUGUAGCGUUGUUAUGCAUUCAAGAGAACGAGGAAGUGAGGCCAAGCAUGAAGCAAGUGGUGCAGAUGUUGGAAGGGAAGAUGGAACCUCAAAUUCUACAUAUUCCGAGCUCUGCGCUUAGGCCAGCACACCGAAGUCACACAAGCAGCUACAGUGAUGGCAAUGGUACUAAUUAG